UUCUCGGCGGUCGGCGUCCAUCGUCAGCCCCCGCUCGUAUUUCCACAGUCCCCAAAUUUCGCACCACAAACCUGAGAGAGUCCGGUCCAAUCCAAUCCAGAUGGGCAAUUCGUGCUGCUGCUGCUGCACCUGGGUAGACCAAGCGACGAUAGGCGUCUUGGAGAGGUGGGGCCGGUUCGAGAGGCUCGCCGAACCCGGUUUCCACCUCCUGAACCCGUUGGCCGGUCAAUGGGUCGCCGGUAUCCUCUCCACCAGGAUCGCCUCCCUCGACGUCCGCAUCGAGACCAAAACCAAGGAUAAUGUCUUCGUGCAAUUGGUGUGCUCGAUACAAUACAGGGUAGUGAGAGAGAACGCCGAUGAUGCGUUUUAUGAGCUGCAAAACCCCAAAGAGCAGAUUCAAGCUUAUGUCUUUGAUGUGGUUAGGGCUCUGGUGCCGAGAAUGACGUUGGACGAGCUCUUUGAGCAGAAGGGUGAGGUUGCGAAAGCGGUGUUGGAGGAACUUGAGAAGGUUAUGAGAGAAUAUGGUUACAGCAUAGAGCACAUACUGAUGGUUGACAUUAUACCUGAUGCCUCUGUCCGCAAGGCAAUGAACGAAAUCAAUGCAGCUCAAAGGCUCCAGCUUGCCAAUGUAUACAGAGAAGCAGAGAAGGUGCUUCAAGUGAAAAGAGCAGAAGCUGAAGCAGAGGCCAAGUACCUUGGCGGAGUUGGUGUUGCCAGGCAGAGGCAGGCAAUCACCGAUGGAUUAAGAGAGAACAUCUUGAAUUUCUCAGGCAAGGUGGAAGGCACCUCGUCAAAGGAGGUGAUGGAUAUGAUCAUGAUCACACAGUACUUUGACACGAUGAAAGACCUUGGGAACUCAUCGAAAAACACUACAGUUUUUCUACCCCAUGGUCCGGGUCACAUUAGGGACAUCGGUGAUCAAAUACGCAACGGCCUAAUGGAGGCAUCUAGUGCUCAGCUAAAUGCCGAGUAAAUAUGACCUUUUGGGCACGAACGGGUUAAGGUUGUUACAUAAGACAUAGUUUAUAACUUUAUGUAAUCCGAUCGGCUUCGUUUAAUUUUGUUUGCAUUUCUUUUGGAGUGAAGAUCAUGGUAUUCUUACACCAUGACGAUGAUGUGUAUAUAUAAAGAAGUCGUAAUGCAGCCCGAUAUAUGUAUAGCUCUAAAUGAAGUAUUUAUUUUGAAUAAAUUGUAUUUUUUUGUUCUAAA